GCAGGUUUUUACUCCUUCAUCUGUAGCCUCGGCUCUAUAAGUACCCGGUGCUCACCUCAGAUCCUAGCACAUCGGCUAACGGAAGCAUCUAGGGAUAACACGAGGCAUCGCUGAUAGUUCAUUCAACUUUCUCAAGAAGGGACGAAAUGCUGAAGUUUACAAUCAUUGCUGUUCUUCUGGGAGUGAGCUCAGCAGCUCCAGCGGCUGAACCCGUGGCAGCUCCUCACAGUAAAUCCGAUCCAGCUCCAGCUGUACCAGUCGCAUACAGUGCACCAGCUCCAGCGGCACCAGCAGCAGCAGCUCCGCUGGCACCGAUCGCAUACAGUGCACAAGCACCAGCAGCCGCUGCUCCAGCGGCGCCGUUAGCUUACAACGCACCAGCUGGAGGAAUUGAGCCAAAAUCAGCUGAUCCAAGCUACGAAGCCAAAGCAGCACUCCAUCAAGAGGCACCUGCACAUGUAGCGCAUAUUGCAGCAGGAGCUGCUCAAGGAGAUCAACCGAUUCUUUCUCAAGCACCAGUCGAGGCUGAGGGACAGCCUGCUGCUGUUGUGGCUCCAGUUCCCUCUGGAAAACAGCUUCUCCUUGCUGAAGCACCACUGCUCAAAACGCCCGCCUCCACUGCCAAAUUGACACCUCUAGCAGCUCCAAUAAUUGCACCAAUAUCACCACUCGCUUAUGCUGCACCUGGACCAGCGAUUCUCGCACCGUUCCCGGCUUGGAAUGGUCUCACCGCAUAUCCCGCGACUUACUCGAUUGAGCAGCACGGCUACCACAUUACCUACUGAUUUUUUUUUUAUUUAAAAUUUCAUUUGUGAAUUUUGAUGAUUCAGUAAAUAACAGUCGUCGGUAUCUCAUCGCAAACCGAUCAAUAGCCGCUUGGUGAAUAAAAUACAUUCUCUGCGCUCCGAAAUCGGUACUUCAGAUUUCUACUCCUUGCAUAUAUUCAUUUAUCAUCAGUCUCAUUGAAAAUAUGUCUGAGUGUUUUUUUUUUAUGAAAAAAUUAUGGAAUAAAGAAUGACUUUUUUUAUUUAA